AUGGGGGACGACGAGGGACGGGGCGGGGGUUGCGCGCACGGGGGCGACGGCGGCGCCGACGCGAGGGAGAACCCCGCGCCGUCGACGGGCGACGACGACCGCCGGCCCGGGAUCUUGAAGACGUCCGGCGGGAUCUACGGGGAAAAAUUCAAGUUUCCGGACGAGCCCGUCAGGUCGCCCGGGGGUCGGAUCAUCAAGCGGCACCCGUGGAAGACGGCGUGGUCGACGGGGGCGUGGCGUAGGCCACCACCGUCCGCCCCGCGGGGCGCGACGCCCGCGUCGACCCCCGCGGACGACGAGCCCGCGGGUGCCACGAUGGAGGACCGCGGAGGCGAGCGGGAGCCGGCCAUCGCAUCCCCGUCACCCUCCCGGUCGCCCUCGCCCGCGUCGCUCGUGGGGAGGCUCGCCGCGCGCAGGCGGCGACGCGCCGCGACGCCGUCAGACUCGGAGCCCGCCAUGAGCUUCGAGUCCGAGUCCAACUCCGACCGCUCCGACGCGGAAAACGAGUCCGACCUGGAGCUGGCCAACGCGCCGGGCCUCGACUUUCUUCGUUCGGCGGGACCCGGUGACUCACCGUCACCGCCCGCGUCGCAGAGUCGACGGAAGCGAAGGCGGAGGAUCUCGAGGAUCGCGCACAUGGAACCGAUAGGGGACGAGGACAAAUCGGCGCGGGAAGAGCCGCCCGGGGAUGGGGAUGAGAACAGAACCGAUGGGGAGGAGAAGGCGGAGGACGCGAAUGAACCCGAGGCGGAAGAGGCGGCGGCGGACGCGCGGGCUUCGCAGCUGUCGGUGGAGCCCCUCCCUCCGCCGCGGAUGGCGACGGCCGACGACGACGAGGAGGAGGACGACGACGAACCCGUGCCGGACUCGGACGAGGACCCGCCCGACGACGACGAUCCGGCGCCCCUCUCGUCGCCGGGACUGGGCACGGCGGCUUCACCCGUCGACCUCACGCAGAGGGCGGACGAGCACGACGACGACGACGACGUUCUCGAAACGCCGGCGGACCCACCGAUUGACGACGCCGAUUCCAACCUGUGGGCGUGCGCGGCGUGCACGUUCCUCAACCGGCCCGACCUGGAGACGUGCGAGAUGUGCGAGCGGAGCCGGCCGGUGAGAGCGACGUCGCGGGUUGAGUCGCGGGUUGAGUCGCGGGAUGAGCCGACCGGAAGGAGGACGGACGGUAAGUCGAGGAGACGGAGGUUGGUGGAGAGCGACGACGACGGGGACGACGACGCGGGUGCCGAGCCGGGUGCCGAGCCGGGUGCCGAGGCGGACGCCGAGGCGGACGCCGAGCCGACGUACGGCUGCAGUCGGUGCAGGUUCUCCAGGAACGGCUGCUACGACAGCUUCGACUGGAGCGGAAGAAACGGCGGCCGGGGCUGCCGACCCGACGCGUGGAGGGGUCCUUCGCAGUACCACGUCGACGGCGAGGUGGCGGCGACGUCCCCGGGGGGAAUCGAACCCGCGACCUCUCCGACGGCGACGGGUGAGAGGGGACCGAAGCCGCCGGGGAGGGCGAGGACGCCGGCGAGCCGCCGCCGGGUGAACACGGAUGGGGGCGGCGCCGUCGGAGGUAAGCGGGCGCGGGGCGGCCAGCAGAUCACGCCGGGGUCGGGGUCCGCGGGACGCGCCGCGCGACGAGGCGCGUUGCCUCUCGUCGAAAGCGGCGGGGGCGGUGGGAGAGGCGCGUCGAGGCGGGUGCGGGAGGAGCCGCGAGGGAAGGAGAAGGACGAGGAGAAGGACGAGGAGGAGGACGAGGAGGAGGAUGAGGACGGGGGCGAAAUCGUCAUCUCCGACUCCGAGGAUAUCUCCGAGGACUCCGAGGACGUCUCCGAGGAGGAGGACGAGGUGGAGACCGACUCCGACCCCGACGCCGACGACCCGUACGCGCGAGGGCUCCCGACCCCGGCCACCGCGCCCCGACCAAAGCGCAAACCAAAGUCUCCCAAGCGCCCACGGUACAACGACGUCGGCGAGCGAGUGGACUCGGGGGACGAUCUCGAGGACGAGAGCGACUUCGAGGGGUACGACGACGACAUGUUCGAGCGCGCGAUGGGUGGCGGAGGCGGCGGCGGGGCGGGCCGGGGCGGCCGGGCAGGCGGCGGGGGCGAUGGAUCGUCCAGCGGCGGUAAGGGGCGGUGGUUCACCAAGAACGGCCGUCGGGUCUACAAGGUUGGCGGGAGGGAGUUCACGGGGGGUGCCGCGAUGGCGAGGUACAGGAGGGACGGGGGUUCGACGGGCGCGACGGGGGGGACGCGGAGGCGGAAGACGACGCGGAAGAAGAAGGGGACCGCGCGCAGGAAGACGACGAGGAAGAAGACGACGAGGAAGGCCAAGGCGUGA